AUGUCGCCGAAGAAAGCAAAAGCGGCAGUCCCAUGCGUCCCUUCAGACCGCCUGGUGAUCAAAGUGGAUAGAGAGUGCGAGUGCGAUCACCUCAGGAGCCAGGUAGAGAGCCUGAAAGGUCGCGUGAGGGAGCUGCAAUCCCAACUGGCCUUGCACAGGGAUAGGGCUGGUUCUCAUGAUUUCCGACAGCCAAUUGGCGAAUCUGCCGAUGGAGCAGGCAGCUUGGAAAAGUUCUACCGAGGUCGCAUGCUUCUCCCGACGUUUCGAGGAUCAAACGCUCAUAGUCCAGAGGUUGGCUUUAUGAGCAGUCCCUGGCAACUAUGGAAUGGAUUAUCAGCGAGCGAUUCCCCGACUACCAAUCUGGCUUCGUUUUCUCUUCAAGAUGAUGGCCCAAGCCUGGUUGAUGUGUUUUUCGAUCGGAGAUGGCCUCAAUUUCCUGUUCUCCACCGGCCAACCUUUAUGGAACAGCAUUACCUGCCAUAUGCUAGCGGCCAUCCAAGGAGCAAGCUUUCUGCCUUUCAAGUCAACAUUGUUCUUGCAAUUGGGGCUUCAGAAAAGGCCAGGACAGGCUGUAACCCAUCCGUAUCUUUUCAAGGAUUCUUUAAGGAUGCAGUGCGCGAGCUGGACAAUGUCCUAGCAGCUGACGACAUUGACUGUAUUCAGUGCCUCUUGUUACUCUGCAUUUUUGGUAGCAAUGAGCCUCAGUCUGUCAACUUGUGGCAAGCUGUUGGUUUAGCUCUGCGGCUUGCAGUCGGCAUUGAUCUACAUCGACGAGAGGCCCUGGCUGGAAAGUCUCUUCUGGAAGCAGAAAUGUGCAAGAGGCUGUUCUGGAGUCUUUACACGAUAGAUCGAAGCAUAUCCAUCUCUCUGGGAAGGCCCAUCGGCAUUCAGGACGCCGAUAUCACCAUAUCUCUUCCCCUUUUGCUAUCAGACGAGAAGCUCUCCGGACCAGCAGAGCAAGCAGUCCCAAACGUUUGUCCAGACGUUACAGAUAUGUCUGCUUUCCGUCACAUUAUCGAAUUGAGAAGAAUCAACGCCGACAUCUACAGAGCACUUCAUUCUGCAGCCGGAGUGAAUAUCGAGAGCUCCAACCUGGAUUCUAUCCGACAACAACACUAUGCACUCCUCAACACGUGGCUAUUAUCAGCACCGCGAUACCUUGCACCAGUCUCGAUGUAUCAGACUUCGGAAUGGUUUCAAAUCGUAUACCAUCAAGCUGUCAUCAAUGUGUAUCGACCUUCACACGCCUCCCCUGUCAGCAGCGCUGAUGCUAUACGGCUCUGUGCAGACUCUUCUAUCAGUCUGAUCAGUUGCUACAAUGCAUUAUAUGCCAAAAACAAGAUCAUCUACACGUUUGUGGCACUUGAUUCGUUAUUCAUGGCCGCUGUUACCAUGCUCUACUCGAUAAGAGCCAGUGCUGCAGUGCGUCACGAGCUGACAAAGGAGGUCGUUGAAUCCAAUAUUGAGUCAUGCGUUGGACUCUUGUCCAAGAUCUCUCACGGUCGAAUAGUUGGCGAGAGAAGUAUUCAGGUCAUUCGCCGACUGGGAAAUGCAACUCUUGCUGUAUUUGACACGACAUCAUCUGCUGAGAGCGAUAUUGAUACAGAAUUCAUGUCCUGGUUUGGUGUCAAGUGUCAAAACCCUCCAGGACCAGAAUAUCCUACGCCCAGUAUUGACAUUGCUUGGAAUGAUUUGUUUGAGCACGGUUAUGAUCUGAAUGGGUUUUAUAAUGGGGACUUGUUACUCUAG